AUGUCCUAUCCUGUGAAAAACUCAGAUAUUGAAGGCCAGCAUAUUCUAUACCAAGUUACACCUGUACAACUUAGCAAAAUUAGACUUCUUUUGGCAGUAAUUAUAAAAUAAAGAUAGUUAGGUUGUGUUCUCAAUUUGUUCUGCAUUUAUUUUUGCCUUAGCCCUAAGGUAUUCCAGAAAAUUUUACAAUGCCUUUCUCUUUACUUAAUGUCAGGAUGAAUCAGUCGCUACUCAUUACUAAAUUGAAACAGUUUCUGGAGAAUAAUUUGUUUGUGCCAAAAAAUUCAUUGAUAAUAAACCCCAUUUUAUCUUUAGGUAUAUAAACUAACUAUUCAAGAAUGCUUAAAUACAGAUUUAAUGAAUAAAUUAAAAGUUACGAACCCAUUGAAUUUGAUGCAAAAGAAAAAGUCAUUUCUGAAAUUGUAUAAUCCAGAAAUACACUUUCAAGAGAACUUAAAAUUUAAUAUUUUGGAACAUGUUAACUUAAAAUACCAAUAGAAUCAAUAUUCAUAUAUUCAUUACAUGCAUUUACAGGUCCAUUCAAUAUUUUAUAAUAUUUUGCUGUUGCCAUUUGGUUUGCAGAGAAAACAGUACUUUAACCAGUUCUGAUCUUGAUUUUCACAGUAUUAACAGUCUAUCUGAAUUACUUUUUAUAUGUAAGAUCAAGAAGAAGACUAUAAUAAUUGGCAAAUAUACAUUAAGACGUAACAAUUAAAGAAGCAGAUUAAUUUAAACUUAUCAAUGGAGCUGAUCUUGUACCAGGUGAUUUACUUAUACUUAAAGAAAAUUAAACAUUAAAUUGUGAUUGUGCUAUUAUAUCUGGUGAUGUUAUUGUUAAUGAAGCUACUUUAACAGGUGAAGGUAUUCCUAUUCCAAAAAGUGCAUUACCAAAUCAAAAUUCUAUAUUUGAACUUGAAAAAAUGUCUUAACAUUGUUUAUUUGAAGGAACUAAAUUGAUUUAAGUUAAUAAUACCUAAGAAAAUAUUGCUAUUGUACUUAGAACAGGUUUUACAUCUUUAAGAGGAUAAUAUUUUAGAAAUGUACUUUUCCCUGAACCUCCAUCAAUGAGAUUUUAUAUCUAAGCUGCAAAAUUCAUUCUUGAAAUAGCAUUUAUUAUUGCUGUUGUAUAUGGAUUCCUUUUGAUUGAAUAUUUACCAAUGGAAUUCAAAUCAAGUAUUUUAGUUUUAAGAUUCUUGGAUAAUAUUGUUUGGUCAAUUCCACCAUCAAUGCCUAUUUUCUUUUAAAUUUGUAAAACUGCUAGUUUGGUUAGACUUGAAGCCAAAGGAGUUAUUGGAAAUAAUGCUGAUAAAGUAGAAUCAGCUGGGAGAAUAGAUACUUGUUGUUUUGAUAAAACAGGUACACUUACUACUUUGGGAUUUAAAGCAAUUAAAGCAUUUCCAGAAGAAGAAAAACCAAUUUUGGAUGCCAUAAUGGGAUGUUGUCAUCAUUUAAUAAAAUUAAAUGGUUAAUUAUUAGGAGAUCCUUUAGAAAUUGAAAUGCUUAAUUUUGUUGGUUGGUAAUGUAAUUUUCAUAAUAAUCCUGUAACUAUUGAGGGAAAUGGAAAAAUCUAUACAAUUCAUAAAAUAUUUGACUUUAGUUCAUAAAAAUCUAUGAUGAGUGUUAUUGUAACUGAUGGAUCUAAAUAUUAUUUAUAUGUAAAAGGUUCUNAUUUUGGAACAUGUUAACUUAAAAUACCAAUAGAAUCAAUAUUCAUAUAUUCAUUACAUGCAUUUACAGGUCCAUUCAAUAUUUUAUAAUAUUUUGCUGUUGCCAUUUGGUUUGCAGAGAAAACAGUACUUUAACCAGUUCUGAUCUUGAUUUUCACAGUAUUAACAGUCUAUCUGAAUUACUUUUUAUAUGUAAGAUCAAGAAGAAGACUAUAAUAAUUGGCAAAUAUACAUUAAGACGUAACAAUUAAAGAAGCAGAUUAAUUUAAACUUAUCAAUGGAGCUGAUCUUGUACCAGGUGAUUUACUUAUACUUAAAGAAAAUUAAACAUUAAAUUGUGAUUGUGCUAUUAUAUCUGGUGAUGUUAUUGUUAAUGAAGCUACUUUAACAGGUGAAGGUAUUCCUAUUCCAAAAAGUGCAUUACCAAAUCAAAAUUCUAUAUUUGAACUUGAAAAAAUGUCUUAACAUUGUUUAUUUGAAGGAACUAAAUUGAUUUAAGUUAAUAAUACCUAAGAAAAUAUUGCUAUUGUACUUAGAACAGGUUUUACAUCUUUAAGAGGAUAAUAUUUUAGAAAUGUACUUUUCCCUGAACCUCCUUCAAUGAGAUUUUAUAUCUAAGCUGCAAAAUUCAUUCAUUGA